GUCAGUGCUGCGAAGUAUAACGUUAGGGGUAGGUUUUCACCCUCUUUGUGUUUUUUUCUGGGAAAUUUGAAUACUUCGCGCCGCUACAUCGCGAUUUUUGGUAAACCGAGUUUUCGUGUUAGUGAAAACUUUGUGGUUUUCGGAAAGUGUUUUUUUUUUUGGAAAUGAAAUUGUUUGUGGGAGCUGUUUUAUAUUUUUCUUUUGUCUAUGGCCAAACAAGUAUACCUGAAGAAGAAGAAACCGAAACAGUUUUCCAAUCGGUGGACGCCGUUUUGUCACGUAGCGCAACUCUACCAUGUGACAUAGAACCUGAUAUCAAAGAAGACAGGGUGUACAUGGUCUUAUGGUAUCGUGACGGUCACAGCAGACCGAUAUACAGUUUUGACGUAAGAGGUAGGGCUUUCAACAAAGCUCUCCAUUGGUCCGAUUCGAAGAUGUUCGGUCCGAGGGCGUACUUCGUCACCGUAUCCAGACCAGCAGCUCUAACAUUAGACGGAGUGCAAUUGGACGACGAAGGGGUAUAUAGAUGCAGAGUAGAUUUCAAAGUAUCCCCAACGAGAAAUUUCGCUAUAAACUUAACCGUUAUAGUUCCCCCACAUCAACUUCUCAUCUACGACAAUUCCGGAAGGGACGUAAACCAUACGGUUGGUCCCUUAGAAGAAAAAACCGAUCUCGUAUUAACGUGCGAAGUGAGAGGGGGUCGACCGACGCCGACCGUCUCUUGGUUUAUGAACGAGAGAUUGAUCGAAGGGCACGUAGAAGAAAUAGGCAAUCACAUGAUGGUGAAUAAGUUAAAAAUAAGUGGGGUGACUAGAGAUCAUCUCAAUUCUACUUAUAAAUGUCAGGCUAGCAACACUAAAUUGAUGAUGCCGUCCGAAAAAACGGUCCGGCUUGAAUUAUUACUGAGACCUCUUUCGGUGAACAUCAUCAAUAAACCGAGGGAGCUGGUGGCUAACGAGGAGGUGUCGAUCCAAUGCGAAGUAGAAGGUUCCAGACCGAAGGCUCUGGUUUCUUGGAGCAGAGAUAACAGACCGUUUAGAAGAGGACGGGUCAACGCACAAGAAAAUGAAACAUCCGUACUAACGACUAUUACGUUCGUACCGGUCCCGGAAGACGAUAAUAGCGUUUUCAAGUGCGUCGGUGAAAAUCCCAAACUUACCGGCGUCGGUUUGGAGGAUUCCUUCAAGUUAAACGUCGUCUAUCCCCCGCAAGUGGUUCUUCAUUUAGGUAAUACUCUAAAUCCAGAAGACAUAAAAGAAGGAGACGACGUUUACUUCGAGUGCAGCAUCAAAGCGAAUCCCAAACAGCACAGAAUCUUAUGGUAUCACGAAGGUCUUCCCGUGAAUCAGAACAUGUCUUCGGGGGUGAUAAUCAGCACCCACAGUUUGGUACUUCAGAAAGUGACGAGGUACCAGAGUGGAUCGUACACGUGUCUGGCGGCUAACGUUAGAGGGGAAACUAUGAGCGAAAUCGUUAAUUUGAGAGUGAGAUACGCCCCCGUAUGCAGUCGAGAUACGGACGUAACGGUGAUCGGAGCAUCCCUCGACGAAAUAAUCACAGUGAGAUGUCAAGUAUCCGCCGAUCCCUCCGACGUCACUUUCGUCUGGCAAUUCAACAACAGCGGCGAAAGUUUCGACGUCUCCCCCGCCAGAUUCGCCACCUCGAGCGGCAACGUCAGCGAAUUAAUGUACACCCCGUCGUCUCAAAGAGAUUACGGUACUUUGACGUGUCAAGGUUCCAACAAAAUCGGUCGACAAUUAGAACCGUGCAUAUUCCAGGUGGUACCGGCCUCGAAGCCGAAUCCUUUGACGAAUUGCACCGUUCGUUCGGCGAAUAAUCAAUCUACGGAUAGCGUGGUGGAGGUGGAAUGUCGAGCCGGUUACGACGGCGGUUUGCCGCAACGUUUCGUUCUCGAAGCUUACGACGCUCGUUCUAUGCGUUUGCGAUUGAAUCGAACGACGUUCGAUACGGAAUCGCCGACGUUUCGAUUGGAUAUCGGGGAGUUGUUGCCGUCCCCGCCGUCGUUGAGGAUCGUCGUUUACGCGGAAAAUUCCAAAGGAAAAAGCGAGAAAAUCGUAAUGGACGACAUAUUGUUGAACGACGCCGAAAAACGCACGGACGGAAGCGGCGGCGUUAGUUUGGUACCGUUGGCGGGUUUGUUGACCGGUUGUCUUCUCACUUUGGGUUUGGCGGUAUUGGUGGUCGUCGUGGUGGCGGUGAGGCGGAAACGAGAAUGCGACGGUUGCUCACGUCAUAUAAACAUCGCAGAUGCUGCUUCGAAAACGAGUUCCAAGUCUCGCCGGGGUUCGAUGUUGGAGAUAAAUACGGGAGAUAAUCGAUACGUGGUGGCGUAUACUUUGAAGCCGGUUUCGGAUUGCGGGGCUUCGCCGGAUGCGGUACGGCAGCCGGAUAUUUUGAAUACGCCGAGAGGUACCGAACCUACACCGAAUAUUCUACCGAGACCGGAGCAUUUUUACAAAACAUCAGACGCAACCAACAAACAGUCGCCAUCUUCGUGCGAUUCGUCGACUAACACCUUGAGUAGGACCCGCCCCAGGCCAAGGGAUCAAUCUUUCACGACGACCAGAAGAGAUCACAUCAUAGCGGAUUCGAUACCGGGUCCGGAAAGUUGCGUUUAAUUUUUUUCUUCUUCUAUUAUAUUAAUUUGAAAGAAAAAAAAAGAUACGCUAAAUUUGUGAUAUAAUUCCAAUAUGAUUAUUUCCACGUAGUUUUAACGGUUCCAUAGGAUGAAUAAAGGACAGUUCUAGGUGGGAAAUAUUUCUUUCCACGAAAACAUUAAUAAAAUUUCCGACUGACUUUUCCAUAGAUAAAUAUAGGAUGUUGUACAUAUUCAUAUACAUAGAGCUUUAUAAUUGGACGCGGAUCAAAUUUGAUCUGCGAUCGGACGAAAUCUGUUCUAGAACAUUUCGAGAAUUUACGCGAUUUUUUUGGAUUUUUUUUACUAUCGAUCAUUGAAAAAUUUUUUCGAAAAUAUCGCAAAGUUUCAUGGAAAAUUGGGAAAUUUUUAGGCGAGAAACCAAAAAAUUGAUAGUUUCGGAAAAAUUUCGGAAACAAUCGACAGUUUCGGAAAAAUUCCAGAAAAAAUCGCGAAAUUUCAUGGAAAAUGUGGAAAUUUUAGACAAGAAAGCAAAAAAUCGAUAGUUUCGGAAAGGUUUUAGAAAAAAUCGUGAAACUUCGAAAAAAAUCCGCGAUUUUUUGCAAAAAAUCGAUCGUUUUGAAAAUAAUUUCGGAAAAAUCGCGAAACUUUGCGGAAAAUCGAGAAGUUCCUAGAUGAUAAACCAAAAAAUCGAUUUUCUAGUUUCGAAUUUUCGCGAUUUUUUCUAUAAUCUUUUCAAAACUAUCGAUUGUUCGGCUACUCAGCAAAAAAAUUCUCGAUUUUCACGAUUUUUUUCCGAAAUUUUUCUCAACAAUAUCGAUUUUUUAUAUCUCGUCUAGAAACUUCUCGAUUAAUCGCGAAGCUUCGCAGUUUUUCCCAGAUAUUUUUUCUCACGCGCUUUAUUCCAAACAUAGCGAGGGCGUACGAUAUUUUCUCGUAAAUCGAUUAUUCGCGAUUUUUCUGGAAUUUCGAAAAUAAAAAAUAAUAAUUUCCGAGAUGUUAUUAGAUACAGAAUAUAUUUGGAGGGAUGUAUAUUUGUACAAAUGUGAAUUAGCGAAUAAAAAUUAAUAAUCUGGCCAAAAAAAAAUUUUUUUUUUGGAUGGGGGGAUGAAGGGGGUACGCGCGCAACGAAACUUUCGACGUUAAUUCGAUGUAUUGGCCUAGUAGAAUUUUAUAAAAAAAAUUCGUUUUUAUUUUAAUUCAAAAAUUCGUUUUGUUUUUAGAAUCAUUUAUUUGUUUUAUUGUAUAUUGUAAAUUUUAUAUGAAAAUGUAUAAAUAUAUAUGUUUAUCGUCUUGUUUAAUUGUUGUUUCAUUUUUUCCAGGGAUCUACCUCAAAUGACUUUAAAAAUACUAUUCAAACUAUAAAUUUUCAUCUAGAAAGCAACUAAAGUGAGUUUCUUGUCACUCUGUAUAUCAAAAUGUGUGUAAAUUCGAGGUUUCGUAGAAAACACCCUGUACAUAAAAUAUAGAAUUAAAAUUUUGUUAUAAUAACAAAAAAAAAACAGGAAUUUUUCAAAAAAAUCAAAAUAUUCACAUGUUGCAUUGUUAGUAAGCAAAAUUAGUUUCACAACACCCUGUACAUAUAGAGUAUAUGAUGAAAAAUUUGUUGAAGUGACCAAAA